GCUCUAAGGAGAGCAGCCUCUCGGAUGAAGAGGUAAAGAAGGAGAGGGGAGAGUCGAAGGAGGGUACUUUAUUGGAAGUCAGUUUAAUGAUUGCUUUUCAGUCCAAUUGAUCAUCUGGGAGAAGGUAACCGGAGGAAUAUCACAAGGUCCAAUCCGCUUGGUAAAGAUUUUUUUCAAUCGAAUUAAAACAAUUUCACCUUGAAUCCUUUGCGUUCAACGAACUUGAAGGGAUUUCUGAAGGGAUUUCUUCGCAUCUUAACGUUCAAGGUGGUUUCAACGCCUUGACUUAAAAUGAAGAAGACGCAACUGAUCAGAAUCCUGCUCUCGGCAAUCACCCUCCAAGCGCUGGCCUUUGGAUCGCCAGAUUGUGAAGAAGAAGAGUGCCAGAAAAGAGCCUCCUCCUCGUCGCCCCCCUCCUCAGCUAAGGACUUCCUGGGCCAGCUCACCCAGGUCAACUCCCUCCCGGGUGCCGUCGACCGCAAGCAUCGCCACCCCAGCCCCCUUCUGCCCUUCAUCGGCCUCACCGGAAGUACAAAGCAGAGCCGCGCGUGCUGUAAGAACGGAGGGACGUGCAUUCUUGGUAGUUUCUGUACGUGUCCACGGUACUUCACCGGCCGGAGCUGUGAAUACGAUGAGAGGAUCAGGAGCUGCGGAGUGAUUCCUCAUGGGGAGUGGGUUCAGAAGGGCUGCUCCUACUGCCGCUGCGGCUACGGCACCCUGCACUGCUUCCCCCACGUCUUCCACAGGGACUGCGAGGACUCAGAGGAGGUGCAGUGGUUUCCUUCUUCUGGAUUCGGGACGGUUCAGAUCCACUACCUCCUGUACCUGACCGCAGUGCUGCUCUUACUGUUGUGAGGGACCAUACAACAUGGCGACUGUAUGGCCCUGUAUACUCCCCACAAGUCUUACCAGCGUGGGAAGUUUGCUUCUUUGAAAAAAAAUACUUUUGGUUAAUACCACAUUUGUGGCUUCCAUUGUUAUCGACAUACAAAUGUUAAGCUUAAAUAUUAUACCAGUGGUCAUGUGGCUUGUAUAAUGAUUGUUUGAUUAAUUGUUUUUGCACUGAGAUUAUUUUAGUAUUAAUACCAAAUACUAUAUGAGCUUUACUUUCUUCAAUCACAGCAGUUCAUGUUUUACUGUUUGGUUGUUUAUUUAAAUAGACAUCUUCGAGACAAGGUACCAAAACAGCCUGUGAGUCUUUCAGAUACUGUUGAGGUGCAUAAGUGUCUCUUUUUGUUACCCUUUUAAACGUUUCACUGGUUGGGUGUGAAACAGCGGUGCUGUAAACAUCUCUAAACAAAGGCGUGCCAUGACGUCCCACAACCCUCACCAAAUGUAUAUGUUGAGUAUAGUCCUGUGAAAGGUGGGCUGAAUGUGGACCAUGAACUCUGUUCUUUCCAGUAUAAGGUGUGUGUGGUUAUUUUUGUCUGAAAGAGAGGAAAUGUGAACAAAACUGUAUAUAAGAUGUUUUUUUAUGAAAAUAUUUUCUUUUAAUGUUGCUUUGUUCUAUUUUUUUUUUUAAACUUCCUUUUGGAAUCCCUGGACGAUGAAACGGUUUUUCGUUUGGAGGAGAAAAUCCUUGGAUACAAAAAACACAAAUGUUUGAAAAGAAUAGUUGAUAAACCCAUACUUAUUUUUCCGGAACUCAAAUAUAGUAACUACUAACUUAAGUAUCCUCAUUAUACAACUUAAACUAACUUAUCUAACUUUCCUUAUCUGCCUCUCCCUUUCUGUAUUCUCCUUUCCCUCCGUCCCCAACCCCCUGGUUAGUUACUGUAACUCUCCAAAGCAAACAAUACCCUGUCCUAUCACCUGGCAUUUCACUGUUGUGUGUGUGUGUGUGUGUAUCUAAGCUCUGGACAAACAGGAGGUUUGUCCGUCAACACGGCACAUUGAUCACUGUUCAGUGUUCCAUUCACUGGAACAUAGAGAUAGAGGACAGCCUCCCAUCCACUCUGAUGGACAGGCUACAGCCUCGCAGACAGACUGAUAGACUGACAUAAAGACUUAAUUAUACAGAAGCCUUGAAAAACCGGCAGGAAUUACAUUUCAGAGACAUGACAUUGAAUGGACAAUCGUUAAGAGAAAUGUGAAAUAUAACUAUGAAAGGUGAAGAAAAACGUAAUAAAAAUAAGCAUUUUGAGCCCUGAAAAAUGAACUCUGACCAAUCACAGCCUUGCAUGGUCAGAACCCUGGGAACAGCACACAG